AUUUCGGACAGGAGGACUUUAAGCGAGGCAUUGUUUCAAUAAGUGAUCUACAAGUUGGUGCAGUGCUGACAGGCCGGGUGGACAACACAGCUUUGUUUGGAGCUUUGUUAUAACAUCUUAACUGAAAGAAUCCCAUGUAAUUGUGAAUCCCUAUAUUUAGGAAAUAUUUCAUUUGAUAACUGGACUCUGGACGACAAAAAACUCCUGUUAGUGCUUCUGGCAGCAAGCAAAAAGACAAUCACUAGAAAAUGGUUAAAGCCCGAAACACCCACAGUGGAGGAUUGGGUUUCCAUUGUACAGGACAUUUACACUCUGGAGAAGUUAUCUUUUUCUGUUCAUGGUCGGAGAGAAUCCUUUUUCAGGAUCUGGUCUAAAUGGACAAACUAUGUAAAGUCUAUUAUUCCAGUAGACUAAAUAUGUCCAUUACUUGUAAACACUGUUUUGUUGUUUACUAUACCUUAACACAGGAUUAUGGGAAAUGUUUGCUCUUGACUGUGUUUUACCUCUAACGAAAGAAAAACUAGACCUGGCCCUUCCCUACCUCCCCACUCACUCCUUUUGUUUUUGUUGUUGUUAUACAAAAACCUUGGAUUGGCUUGUGUAUUUCUUUUCUUCCUUCCAUUGUGGUGGAAACUGGAAUAUAAAAAUGAUUGUAUCUUGCCUUUCCAAAUAAAAAUUAAUU